CUCCUCAAUUUUGUUCCAGAAGCACUUCCGGGUUCUAAUGUUUACAACUGGGUGCAGCAGCGUUGACAACACAGAGCUGUUUUCCUGGCUCAUGAAAAUCUUUUUUUUUUUAAUUUUAGAUACAACAUGCACUUGAAGAGCUAACCUCCACAUACUCUGACGUGGCACAGGCGGCAGGGCUCCAUCGUCUGGAUCAGCUGCUGAGAGUCAAAGUCGAGAAUAAACUAUGAAGAAGAAAAGCAGACGUCCAAAGUCAUCUGAGACUUCGAGACAGACCAGCAAGACAAAUACAACAGUGAGCGUCAGUGAGGAGAAGAGGCCACCAGGAAACAGAGGGAGACCCCGGAAGACUGUCCCUGUAACCACAGACACUUUCUACCAGGAUAAUGCUGCAAAGGACAAGACUGCUAAUUUAGACUGUAGUGUGACAGCAGCUGAGGACACACAGAAACAUCCAGAGAGCCAGUCGAGAUCUUCAGGUAGACUGUCAGCUGCUAUCUGCCGGCUCUGCCAUGGGAAGUUCUCUCCACGCAGCCUGCGGCACGCCUUCAACAGGUGGCCUCAGGUUUCCAUCGAUAUUGUUGACGAGGAGUCAGACGCAGCGGCCCAGCCACCCCUUCUGUUCCACACGGACUUCCAGCGGCUGGUGGGGGUCCAGCUGGACCGCGACCCCCGGUUAUCAGAGUUUAUCUGCAAGAAAUGCCACUCCAAGUUCUACAAGUGCCACAGCACCCUGGUCAGGUUUCUGCAGAGAGUCAACCUCCCACCAGUUGGGAAAGAGAACCACAAAAGCUGGAAGAAGUGCCCAGAGACCUCAGUAAACCACGGCUCAACAACACAACAGUCCUUUACCUCAGACACAAAGUGCCUCCACAGCCUGGUGUCCUGGGCUCAUCACCACGGAGAGGCCUGCCGCUCCUGUCCCAACCUGAAGGAGGUGCUGGAGGGUCAGUGCUGGGGCUCUGUUAAGGCCGUUUGGGGCUGCGUCGAUGGUCACAGAUAUAUCAUGGAUACUCAGUGCACCACCCCGGCCAACCCAGGGUACACAGUGAACUUAAGCAGCGGAGCACUAGGGAGUGGUGACAGAGUGAUGUCAGAAGCGGAAGAACAGGAGGAGGACGAUGAAGAAGAGCAGCACAGUGGGAAUGGAAGAACUCCGGCGGGAAGUAUUAGCACUCUGGCUGAGCAAAGCACACCUGCAGUGUCAGUGCAGACUCAGAGCUCAGCGCUGGAUGAGUGGACCAGCAACACUGGAGAUUUUACAGGUCAUGAGGAGCCGCUGUCUCCUCCUCUAGCCCAGCUGGAGGACCGGGCUGCUACCAGUGAUCUGUCUGACAGGGUCGUGUCCGAGGAUGACUUUGAGGAGAGUAGAAAAGGAGGGUUAUCAGACGAUGAAUUGUUCGAGCCGUACUCAGACAAGAGAGCUCGCAGGGUCAAUGUCCCCAACAAGAAGAGAAGAAGCCAGAAGGCCCCGGAGGAGCCCAAAAUAAAAAAAAAACCUGGACCCAAACCAGGCUGGAAGAACAAGUUCAAACCUAAAGGAGAGGAGCUGCCCAACAUCUACAAGUGUCCGUAUCAGGGCUGUACAGCUGUUUAUCGAGCUCCUGAUGGUUUGAAGAAACACAUCAAGGAACAUCAUGAGGAGGUUAGAGAGCGCCCCUGCCCGCACCCUGGCUGCAACAAGGUUUUCAUGAUCGACCGCUAUCUGCAGCGACACGUCAAGCUCAUCCACACAGAGGAGAGAAACUACAUCUGUGACCAGUGCGGCCAAACCUUCAAACAGAGGAAACACCUUUCAGUUCACCAGAUGAGACAUUCAGGGGCCAAGCCACUACAAUGCGAGGUGUGUGGCUUCCAGUGUCGCCAGCGAGCGUCUUUGAAAUACCACAUGACCAAACACAAGGCGGAGGCCGACCUGGAGUUUGCAUGCCUAAUGUGCGGGAAACGUUUCGAGAAGGCUCACAACCUCAACGUCCACAUGUCCAUGGUCCACCCGCUGAUUCAGGCGGAGGUUCAGAGAAGCAGCAACGAGCAGGAGCAGCAGCCUCCGCCGUACUCUGACCUGCACACCAUCACUCUGACCGGGGAGGUGGUUCAGCAAGACCAGGACAGAUGACAGCAGGGAGUCCAGGUCCAGGUCUGCUGCACGGGUACAUAAACUGUGAGAGUUUCCCAGUUCUAACAACCUGUACUGUAGUUUCAGGUCAUGGACUGGGAUUGGACCUGCUGUAUGGCAAUACAGAUGUUUAUCUCAGUUCUCUACCAAUAUAGCAAUUUUAGCUCAG